AAUGGUCUCGGUUGAUAGGCAAUGUAGCUGACAUGGGUAAUGGUCUAGGUUGGGAUAUAUAAUCUAGUUGACACUGGUAAUGUUCAACAAUAUUUUCUCCCUUAGUACAGUAUGGGAGUGCUUCUUCUUGCGACCCCAUAAAAAGUUGAGCGUGACUACCUUAUUGCCUUAGUAAUAAAAGUAUACGAUUUCCCGAGUCGUGUGAUAUUGCGUAGUGAUGUGUAAGCAGUGUUGGUGAGCAGAGUCCACAGGAGGGUUCACUGGUUUUUGCUCCAGUCAGACAGAACAGGAGUAGUUUGUCCAGACAGAGAACAGGAGUAGUUUCAGAACAGACUGGUGUUGAGUGAGAGGUUGAUAAAGGAAGGGGCUGUAUCUAAACCCUGGGGAACAAGGGUUAAAGACAUGCCAUCAGGGCGGAUGAUCAAGCUGGUGGUGUAUGAGGUGUUACAGGUCGCUUGUCUCAGUGUUCCAAUGUUCGUGGUGAUGGAGAGGUUUGCUUCCCUGAUGCUCCAUGUCAGAGGAGAUCUGACUGCCUAUUGGUUGGUGGUAGCAGCUUCCAUAGCCUACGUUACCUCUGUAUCUCUGCUGGUCUGGGUUCCACUCCGGUACUUUGUCCUCAAGCAGCGCACGGUCAUCACAGACAUCACGCAGUGGAGACCAACAACAUUGGCCUAUGUGAUUCUGUGCACAUUACCAUGCUUCUCUAUUCUGAUCGCCGGUUCCAAGGUGCAGGUGGAUAAGGGACCCCAGUACAGACAGGACCACUUCUCUGAGCUGCCGGUCUCUCUUGUGCUCUUCUCUCUCAUCUGUGUGGACAUCAUCGAGAGGAUCCGGCCGUGCUGCCUCACUGGGCAAGCAGACCGUAUGGAAAUGGAUCUGGACAUGCCGGGUCCUGUUCUGACCCACCUGGAGCAGGUGAACAGCGUGUCGGGCCAACUGUACUAUGAGAGGGGGCAGAAUGGGGUGUUGGGGAACGGUUCUGCUACAGGGAGGUGGAGAGACCAGGAAGCAGUCGGCUCACGACCAACCAGCGCGGCCUACCUGUACUCCUCGUCACACUCCCACUCUGGCCCGCUCAGUGUCCUGUGGUCCCAGGAUAUGAGGUCAGAGGUGAUUGUUCACAGCUUCCUGUUCUGGAUGGAUGUGGUAGAGCUGGUGCGCGUGGCGGGAAUUCCAGAUGUGUUUUACUCUGGCUGGGUGUUUGCUGUCUACAUCCUGGCAUUUCUGUCCUGUCUCCGUCUGGCAGUGACGCCUCACAGCGCUCUACUGCCAUCAGCUGGCUUUUUCCUGCAGGACCUGCCUUUCCUGCUGCUGCGCCUCGCUCUGAUCUCUGUCCACGGCUUCAUCACACCCCUGCUUUACCCAAUGAAGAACCUGUUGGUCUGCCUUACAUUCACCUACUUCAACUUCCUGACCAAGUUCCGCCUCUUCCGCAGAGAUAGCAUGUUCUAGUCUUGCCCACCAGACACUCUCUCUCUGUCGAGACGUCUGGUUUCACAGCGCCUCAGAACUGGACUUGACGGGGAGUCUAUGGCAGGAUCAGUGAAAGCAGAAGUGGUGUAAAGUACAUUUUAUCUGUACUUUUAUUUACUAUUUAUGUUUUUGACAACUUUUACUCCACUACAUUCCUAAAGAAAAUAAUGUACUUUUUACUCCUUACAUUUUCCCUGACACCCAAAAGUACACAUCACAUUUUGAAUGCUUAGCUGCACAGGAUAAUCGUCUAAUUCACACACUUAUCAAGAUAACAUCCCUGGUCAUCACUACUGCCUCUGAUCUGGCAGACUCACUAAACACAAAUGCUUAUUUUGCAAAUUAUAUCUGAGUGUUGAACUGUGCACCUGGCUAUUUGUAAAUUUAAAACACAAGAAAAUCAUGUUGUCUGGUUUGCUUAAUAUAAGGAAUUUUCUAUUAUUUAUUAUUUUACUUUUGAUACUUAAGUACAUUUAAAACCAAAUACUUUUAGACUUUUACUCUAGUAGUAUUUUAUUGGUUGACUUUCACUUUUACUUGAGCCAUUUUCUAUUAAGGUAUCUUUUUACUUUUGCUCAAGGAUGAAAAUUGGGUACUUAUUCCACCACUGGUAAACAGUCCGUUUUAAUUGGCUGAUCGCUCAGUCCAUCACCAUCUAGCAGAACCCUUAGAACCUCUCCCCUCCAUUGUUGAGGUUAAUGUGCCAAGCAGAGCAAGUGAUUUAAACAACAAAGUGAGUUAGCACAAUCUGAAAGUAUGCAUCUUAGAUUUUUUUUCACUUAUAAACUGUAUAUGCCCAAACACAGAAUCAGUUGAGCUUCCCAAAAAUAAUAUGGUUAAGUGAUCGAACACUGCCAUUUCUCAAAUUCCCAUAAUACAGCUAUAGCCAGCUCGCUCCCUCUCACGCCUCGAUUUUAACUACACCCCUUUCAAGUCUUUACAGCAGUGUUACCAGGCUCUAUAUGUCAGCAAAUCGAGCCUGGUGACAAGGUUAAGCAUGUUCUAAAUAGAUUACAUCAUCAGGAUUCACUGCGUUGUUAUUGGUUUUUAUACCAUCGUUGAGGAAGACUUUAGGGCUAGCCCAUGUCCCCUAGGGCUAGGGAGUGAACAUUAUUUAUAGUAAGUUACAUGGGGAAAAUUGGACCUAUCUGAAAUGAGAAUGGAUGGCCCUGCCUGAACCAUCCCCUAUACCCAAAAUAAUAAUUAAAAUGAAAUGGAAAGCAGAGAACAUGUCUACAAUUUACCCUCAAUUCUUGGAUAGACUAAAACUUUAGAUAUGUCGUUUUAAAAACUGUUCUUUGUCCUGUAAGCAUUACAUGGCAAAGUUAUAAUUUUGAUAGUGCAUGGGGUUGCAGGCCAGGAGUUUGUGGGUUUGCAGACCACCGUAGACAAGAGUAGGGGUGGAACGAUUUAAUUUAUAGUGGAAGCUAUCAGAUCUAUCAUCGUAUUUGCAGCACAGAGAAAUAAUUAAGUGUCAUUAACAUUCCAUGCAAUUCUAUGUAAUUUAACAUAUUAGCAUAAUAUUUUUGUAAUACAACAAAUUACAGACUGAGAAUGGACAGAGAUAGGCCUAUGUGUUCAUCUUAACAUAUUUCUCCAAUGCCAAAGUGUGCCUUGUUUGCAACAAAAUGAUCCCCAUUUGAAAAUAGUUCCAUCUGAGACGUCAUUAGACUUAACCUAAUGAGAGAAGGUAAUAAGUGUUUCCCUAAAAAUGGUCUGGGUUAAACAUCUACUAUUGUACAGAUAGUGACUAGCUUAAUCAAUUGAUAGUGACAAAAUUAGAUUACUUCCCAAGCAAAGUCAGCCUCUGAAUGUCAAAGAAAUGAAACUGAAAAGAAAUUAAAUUACAUUAUGGGGAUAUAUCACAGACGCAUCUUUCCCAGGUACUUUACAGCUUGUUUCUUGUAUAAGGUACUGCAUACCCCCUAGGGUUAGCCUAUAUAACUACAAACUACAAUACAAUGUACAAUGUGUCGUGAGCAAUCACUUUUGAGUAAAAUGUGUUUAAAUGUAAGUUAAGUAUUUAUUCCUACUCCAUCGUACUACAUAUUUGUUCAUAUUACAUGACUGGAGAGAGAAUUCAAGGAUGUUAUAAUUUUUCCAAAAGGACUUUGUGGGUCAAUUACAACCAACAGUCUCAACACCAGGUGAUCUCUCGUUAAACCAAUAAUAUGCGCUAAGAUUACCCGCCCAGUUGAUCUCAAUUUCAACUACAAUUGGCCACUAUAUUACUGCUCCCUAAAGCUGAUGUCCAUGUUAAAACACCCAUUUCAACUGAAAUCCACUUAUUCAAGCUGAACGAUGAUGGCCAGAGCUUACCCAUGGUGUUGUACAAUGAUUUACCUCAUAAUUCUUGUCAAAGUAUGAUAUACUCUUCCAUUCAAAAGUUUGGGGUCACUUAGAAAUGUCCUUGUUCUUGAAAGGAAGCACAUUUUUUGUCAAUUUAAAAUAACAUGAAAUUGAUCAGAAAUCCAGUGUAUACAUUGUUAAUGUUGUAAAUGACUUGUAGCUGGAAACUGCUGAUUUAAAAAAAAUGGAAUAUCUACAGAAGCCCGUUAUCAGCAACCAUAACUCCGGUGUUCCAAUGGCAUGUUGUCUUAGCUAAUCCAAGUUGAUCAUUUUAAAAGGCUAAUUGAUCAUUAGAAAAGCCUUUUGCAAUUAUGUUAGCACAGAGGAAAACGGUUGUCCUGAUUAAAGAAGCAAUACAACUGUCUGCCUUUAGACUAGUUGAGUAUCUAGCAUCAGAAUUUGUGGGUUCGAUUACAGGCUCAAAAUGGCCAGAAACAAAGGACUUUCGUCUGAAACUCGUCAGUCUAUUCUUGUUAUGCCCAAAUUAGUAUGAGGAUAAGUACAUUAGAGUGUCUAGUUUGAGAAACGGAUACCACACAAGUCCUCAACUGGCAGCUUCAUUAAAUAGUACCCGCAAAACACCAGUUUGUUGCAACAGUGAGGAGGCGACUCUGGGAUACUGGCCUUUUAGGCAGAGUUACAAAGAAAAAGCCGUAUCUCAGACUGGCCAAUAAAAAGAGAAGAUUAACAUGGGCAAAAGAACAGACACUGGACAGAAGAACUGUGCCUAGAAGGCCAGCAUCCCGGAGUCAAAUCAAAUCAAAUUUUAUUUGUCACCAUACACAUGGUUAGCAGAUGUUAAUGCGAGUGUAGCGAAAUGCUUGUGCUUCUAGUUCCGACAAUGCAGUAAUAACCAACAAGUAAUCUAACUAACAAUUCCUAAUCUACUGUCUAGUACACAGUGUAAGGGGAUAAAGAAUAUGUACAUAAGGAUAUAUGAGUGAGUGAUGGUACAGAGCAGCAUAGGCAAGAUACAGUAGAUGGUAUCGAGUACAGUAUAUACAUGUGAGAUGAGUAUGUAAACAAAGUGGCAUAGUUAAAGUGGCUAGUGAUACAUGUAUUACAUAAGGAUGCAGUCGAUGAUAUAGAGUACAGUAUAUAGGUAUGAAUAUGAGAUGAAUAAUGUAGGGUAAGUAACAUUAUAUAAGGUAGCAUUGUUUAAAGUGGCUAGUGAUAUAUUUACAACAUUUCCCGUCAAUUCCCAUUAUUAAAGUGGCUGGAGUUGAGUCAGUGUCAGUGUGUAGGCAGCAGCCACUCAAUGUUAGUGGUGGCUGUUUAACAGUCUGAUGGCCUUGAGAUAGAAGCUGUUUUUCAGUCUCUCGGUCCCAGCUUUGAUGCACCUGUACUGACCUCGCCUUCUGGAUGAUAGCGGGGUGAACAGGCAGUGGCUCGGGUGGUAGAUGUCCUUGAUGAUCUUUAUGGCCUUCCUGUAACAUCAGGUGGUGUAGGUGUCCUGGAGGGCAGGUAGUUUGCCCCCGAUGAUGCGUUGUGCAGACCUCACUACCCUCUGGAGAGCCUUUUACGGUUGAGGGCGGAGCAGUUGCCGUACCAGGCGGUGAUACAGCCCGCCAGGAUGCUCUCGAUUGUGCCUCUGUAGAAGUUUGUAAGUGCUUUUGGUGACAAGCCGAAUUUCUUCAGCCUCCUGAGGUUGAAGAGGCGCUGCUGCGCCUUCUUCACGAUGCUGUCUGUGUGAGUGGACCAAUUCAGUUUGUCUGUGAUGUGUAUGGCGAGGAACUUAAAACUUGCUACUCUCUCCACUACUGUUCCAUCGAUGUGGAUAGGGGGUGUUCCCUCUGCUGUUUCCUGAAGUCCACAAUCAUCUCCUUAGUUUUGUUGACGUUGAGUGUGAGGUUAUUUUCCUGACACCACACUCCGAGGGCCCUCACCUCCUCCCUGUAGGCCGUCUCGUCGUUGUUGGUAAUCAAGCCUACCACUGUUGUGUCGUCCGCAAACUUGAUGAUUUGAGUUGGAGGCGUGCGUGGCCAUGCAGUCGUGGUUGAACAGGGAGUACAGGAGAGGGCUCAGAACACACCCUUGUGGGGCCCCAGUGUUGAGGAUCAGCGGGGAGGAGAUGUUGUUACCUACCCUCACCACCUGGGGGCGGCCCGUCAGGAAGUCCAGUACCCAGUUGCACAGGGCGGGGUCGAGACCCAGGGUCUCGAGCUUGAUGACGAGCUUGGAGGGUACUAUGGUGUUGAAUGCCGAGCUGUAGUCGAUGAACAGCAUUCUCACAUAGGUAUUCCUCUUGUCCAGAUGGGUUAGGGCAGUGUGCAUUGUGGUUGAGAUUGCAUCGUCUGUGGACCUAUUUGAGCGGUAAGCAAAUUGGAGUGGGUCUAGGGAGUCAGGUAGGGUGGAGGUGAUAUGGUCCUUGACUAGUCUCUCAAAGCACUUCAUGAUGACGGAAGUGAGUGCUACGGGGCGGUAGUCGUUUAGCUCAGUUACCUUAGCUUUCUUGGGAACAGGAACGAUGGUGGCCCUCUUGAAGCAUGUGGGAACAGCAGACUGGUAUAGGGAUUGAUUGAAUAUGUCCGUAAACACACCAGCCAGCUGGUCUGCGCAUGCUCUGACGGCGCGGCUGGGGAUGCCAUCUGGGCCUGCAGCCUUGCGAGGGUUAACAUGUUUAAAUGUUUUACUCACCUCGGCUGCAGUGAAGGAGAGACCGCAUUUUUCCGUUGCAGGCAGUGUCAGUGGCACUGUAUUGUCCUCAAAGCGGGCUAAAAAGUUAUUUAGUCUGCCUGGGAGCAAGACAUCCUGGUCCGUGACUGGGCUGGAUUUCUUCCUGUAGUCCGUGAUUGACUGUAGACCCUGCCACAUGCCUCUUGUGUCUGAGCCGUUGAAUUGGGAUUCUACUUUGUCUCUGUACUGACGCUUAGCUUGUUUGAUAGCCUUACGGAGGGAAUAGCUGCAUUGUUUGUAUUCAGUCAUGUUACCAGUCGCCUCUUCACUGAUGACGUUGAGACUGGUGUCAAGGAACUCAUUAAUCUGUGUUGUUGUGCUGUUACAUUUGUAUUGGUGUUUCAUGUCCAAUGCGCUCAGGGUGUUGUUACAUGCCAUUUGCGGAGUGCAUCAUGUGCAAAGUCGUUUCACUUCCCCUGUGAGAACCAUGAGCACAGCUGACUUGGCUUUGCUGUACCGCAGCCUACCUACCAAAGGUUGCACAGUGUCCAUAACAAUGAAGGAAGCACAUCUCUAUCCCAAACCUUUCAAUAGUUAUCUAUAUUACCCGAGUAUUGUCUUAUUCCAUUUAUUUAUAUGAAAAUGCUAAAACUUUAGAUAACAAUAGAUGGCGAAGUCAAAGAUACUGGUUUCCAUUUGUUGCAAAGUUUUACCUAAAUGCUUAUGACAUAUCCAGAACCAGCCAGCUGGCUAACCCUAACAUCAACACAUUAGCUAGCCAGCUACACUGACAGCUGUCAGUGCCUUAUUUGUUGAUGUUUCUCCACGUGACGAUGUUCCUUCCCACCCCCAAUUCGUGAAUAUGUAGUCUCCCUUAUUCUUUGGAGGUGGAACCUAAAAUAGAGUUUCCGCUCUAGAACAGGAAUUAAGUCAAAAUGGGGACGCAUUGCCCUCUGGUGGGGUCCUUUACCCCAGUAGUAAGCAUUUCACUGUUAGUCUACAACUGUUCUUGACAUGUGACAAAAUAAUCGGAUUUGAUCCUGAUUGCGGCCAACAUUUUUCAAGACAAUUUCUUCUGUAUUUGCAGUGUGAUUUAAAACUCAUAUUUGAGUAGACUAAGCACAGAUCUAACUAUUUUGACAAUCAGUCUGUACAACUGAAAUUACUCUACACAUUUUAUGAAUGUAAGGCUUGUUGGUCUACUUGUCAUUUCCAAUGUAUAUAAGCCAUGAAUAAAAGCUUGUCUUAAUACA